ACCUCCCAAUUUCCGCAUGGCUACCUCAUCCAUAGCUAAUCUUUUCUCUUUCUUCGCCCCCUCAAAACCACCGCCACCAUCACCCACUUCUCCGCCCAAGUUUCCGCCGUCUCACCUCUCCGCCACCGCGGCGCCAUCCGCAUCAAGUAGCCAUCCUGGAUUGGCCCCGCUGGUCUUGUCCAAUGAAGCUCAGUCGCUGCCUUCCUGCUCAGCUGACGUCAUGUCAGUGGUGUGCCCCUCUCUCGCCUACGCGAACACGAUGUUCUUCCGUUCUGCGUACAAUGUUCAGGUGAUUGUGGACGAUAAUGAACCGGAGGAGAAGCUGCUGGGGCGGUUCAGGAGGGAGGUGAUGCGUGCUGGCGUCAUCCAGGAGUGCAAGCGCCGUAGGUUCUUUGAGAACAAGCAGGAUGAGAAGAAACGCAAGUCUCGCGAGGCUGCGAAGCGCAAUCGUCGCAGACGUCCUCAAGCAAGAACAGGACCACAGGAUAGGCAAGAGACUUCUCAGAACAAGAAGGGAAAUGAUGAUGAAGAUAACUGGGAUCUUCCUGAAGGAGACCUCCCCUAUUGAUCACAGCUGUUACUUCUCCCCCCGCUGCUUUUAGUAGAAACUUGCUGCUUACUCUUUGGUCCUCCUCUUUAGAAGGGCUGUGGUAAAAUGUAAGGUCUGGUGGGAUUCCCUUCAAUGUACUCUUCAGCAUUGUUUGGCACUGAAAGAUAUGAUAUCAAUUCAUUGCAACUGAAUGUAAGGAUCUGGUUUUGUAUUAAUUUGACUGCUUAAUUGAUGGUAAGAUAGGUAUUCUGUAAA